UUUGCUUAUCCCUUUUUCACAAACAAUUCACAAAAUUCUCCACCUUCUCAGUUAUCAAUAAAAAGCUCUCUUUCUCUCUCUCUCUCUCUCUCUCGUUUGAUUCCCUUCCCCCGUCUACAAGGUACGCUCUUCUUCUCUUUUCCAUCUCCUUAUUCUCGAAUUGCUCUUUGUUGAUAUUUUCUGUAAUUUGUUGUCGUUGAUGAUGCUUUUGUGUAAAUUUUUUAUCGUUGAUGUUCGUUCUGCUUUAGAUCUGAUAACUUUAAUUUGAUAUGAAACAGAUCUGAUGAUAUCGCAAUUUUUUCCUUUGUUUAUAAUCUAUUUUGCUUAAUAAAUCGCGGGAUUUGCGUGAUUUUAUUAGAUCUAGAUAGAUCUAAUUGAUGUGAUUUGAGGAGUAUUUGAGCUAUACAGAGUUGUGAACAAGGAAGAAGUUGGAAAUAGAAUUGCAAGAUGCAAAUCUUUGUUAAGACCCUCACCGGAAAGACCAUCACUCUCGAGGUUGAGAGUUCUGACACAAUCGAUAAUGUUAAGGCAAAGAUUCAAGACAAGGAAGGAAUUCCCCCUGAUCAGCAAAGGUUGAUCUUUGCUGGAAAGCAGUUGGAGGAUGGCAGAACUCUUGCUGACUACAACAUCCAAAAGGAGUCCACCCUCCACCUUGUCCUUCGUCUGCGUGGUGGCAUGCAGAUCUUUGUGAAAACAUUGACGGGGAAGACAAUUACUCUUGAGGUUGAGAGCUCUGACACUAUUGAUAACGUCAAAGCUAAAAUCCAAGAUAAGGAAGGAAUUCCUCCAGAUCAACAGAGAUUGAUCUUCGCCGGGAAACAGUUGGAGGAUGGUAGAACUCUUGCUGACUACAAUAUCCAAAAGGAGUCCACCCUUCACCUUGUACUUCGUCUGCGUGGUGGCAUGCAGAUCUUUGUGAAAACUUUGACUGGGAAGACAAUUACUCUUGAGGUUGAGAGCUCUGACACUAUUGACAAUGUCAAGGCAAAAAUCCAAGAUAAGGAAGGAAUUCCUCCAGACCAACAGAGAUUGAUCUUCGCUGGAAAGCAGUUGGAGGAUGGAAGAACUCUUGCUGACUACAACAUCCAAAAGGAGUCCACCCUUCACCUUGUCCUUCGCCUGCGUGGUGGCAUGCAGAUCUUUGUGAAAACCUUGACUGGAAAGACUAUUACCCUUGAGGUUGAGAGCUCAGACACUAUUGACAAUGUUAAGGCAAAAAUUCAGGACAAGGAGGGCAUUCCUCCAGAUCAGCAAAGGUUGAUUUUUGCUGGAAAGCAACUCGAGGAUGGUCGUACCCUUGCUGACUACAAUAUUCAGAAGGAAUCAACCCUCCAUCUGGUGCUGCGGCUGAGAGGUGGUAUGCAGAUCUUUGUAAAGACAUUGACAGGGAAGACCAUCACCCUUGAGGUGGAGAGUUCUGACACCAUUGACAAUGUCAAGGCUAAAAUUCAAGAUAAGGAAGGAAUCCCACCGGACCAGCAAAGGUUGAUUUUUGCCGGGAAACAGCUUGAGGAUGGAAGGACUCUAGCAGAUUACAACAUCCAGAAGGAAUCAACCCUCCAUCUGGUGCUGCGCCUGAGGGGUGGUAUGCAGAUUUUCGUUAAGACAUUGACUGGAAAGACCAUCACCUUGGAGGUUGAGAGUUCAGACACCAUCGAUAAUGUGAAAGCAAAGAUCCAAGACAAAGAAGGGAUUCCACCAGACCAGCAGCGUUUGAUUUUUGCUGGCAAGCAGCUUGAGGAUGGGAGGACUCUUGCUGAUUACAACAUCCAGAAAGAGUCCACACUCCAUUUGGUGCUCCGUUUGAGAGGAGGAAUGCAAAUCUUUGUCAAGACGCUGACUGGGAAGACGAUCACCUUGGAGGUGGAGAGCUCAGAUACCAUUGACAAUGUGAAGGCUAAGAUUCAGGAUAAGGAGGGUAUCCCGCCAGACCAGCAGAGGCUGAUUUUUGCUGGUAAGCAGCUGGAGGAUGGUCGCACCCUUGCUGAUUAUAACAUUCAGAAAGAAUCAACUCUUCACCUUGUUCUUCGUCUCCGUGGUGGCUUUUGAGAAUUUAAUGCUCUUAUGACUGGUUUCUGCUUCGAUCCUUUGGUCGAAAGAUGUUUUUAAGACUUCUGGUUUUGCUUUGGUGACAUUGUGUUUGUGUGCUUUGAACUAUCGUUUCUGGAAUAAAUUUAGCUAUGCUACUAUUUACUAUGA